UUUCUUGUUUCUGAUUGGUUCCCUUCGAUCCGAACGAAAGUCAAGCUCGUUGGUUUUAUUGCAUUUCUUGUUGGAGCACCUCGCUAAGUUGUGCUAUGUGUAGUUGGAAGUAGUUAUUGUAGUAUUUGUGUCUUAGUUAAUACAAGCGUGUACUAGACACCCGGGGAAUUUCUAAAAGACAGUGGAGAGUUUGAAAAGCUGGCCAAAUGUUUUAUGAGUGAUGGAUUAAGAUUAGGGCAUUUCAUGGUGAUUAUAAAUGGUACAACCUGCGUUACUAGCUCAGUAGUGGAUGGACAAGUUUGCUUCACUUUCACUAUGGCCAUUACCUACCCAAUGGCAGGAAGGGGUUUUUAUGACAACGGUGUAAACCUGCUCAGUAAUGGACUUACAGAUAGAGGUGAACUAAUAUUCAUCAUCAGAGCAUUUUGGUUUUACAGUCAAACUCAAGUAUUUGAAACUCAAGGGAAGUUUGAAAUUUCAGAGAUGGCACCCAACACCUUUUUGACCAGAGUAUUGUCUUGAUCUCUCUGAUAUGGCGACAUGGACUAAAGAUCAUGGUAUGAUAGCUCACCUGGAAAAGACAAAAUACAUGAUUAUUGGUACUCAACAGAAGCUGUCCUGCUGUGAAGAAUGUGCACUGUCUUUGUGGCUGGAAGGUCGGCAACUGGAGCAAAUUAACUCAAGAAGAAACUCUUUUGGGCCUGGAUAUCGACCCCUUCCUCUCUUGGUCACCCCAUGUAGCUAAUCUCAGGAGAAAAAUUUUUAAGUGUGUUGCUGUUCUGGCUCGCAUUAAAUAAUUCUUGCCAGUCAAAUAUCAUAUAAUUCUAUUCAAUGCUAUUAUUAAACCUAUUCUUGAGUAUUGUGUGUCUGUCUGGAGAAGUUGUAAUGCAGGACUAUUGGAUGCUAUUUUUAAAGUUCAAAAAUGAUGUGCACGGAUUAUUCUUGAUGCUCCUUUUCAAGCUAGAACUCUGCCACUAUUUCUUGAACUUGGAUGGCUACCCGUCAAUCAUAUAUGUAGAGAAAGGCGGCUACGUCUGUUUAAAAAUAUCCUGGAUGGACAUGCAUCAGAGUACCUGACCCAGAAACUGUCAUCAUUGAAAUACAACAAGAUGUAUGAUACAAGGUCCCUGUUACCUGAUUGCCUUCCUAUUCCACGUACCAAUAGCAUGAAGUGCAUGUUCUUUUAUAAUGCUGUUAAACUGUGGAAUGAUGUUACCCACGAUAAAAACUGUCUGCUUUUUAAGUGCAAAACAUUUCAAAAGACAAUACUUUGAAUUAAUAGUGUACGAAUUUACACCUGACAGCUUCAAAAUUGACAGAGUUUUUUAGUUAACUUGAUAUUUAAUAAUUUAGUAUUAUGGUAUUUAAGUUCUCUUUAAUUUUUAUUUUUGCACUUUAAUAGUUUAGUAUUUGAAUAUUUUAGUAUUCAAGUAAUUAAGUUUUCUAGUAUCUUAGCAUUGUAAUAGUACAUAGUAUCUUAAUAUUUUAGUAUUUAAGUGUCUUAGAAAAUUAGUAUUUUAGUUAGUUGUAUAUAAUUCAAUAAGGGCCAUAAGGAUGAGUACAGUUUCUUUUUACUGUAAUUAUGUACUCUAAAUAAAGUUUAAAGUUUAAAUUUUC